AUGGUUGAUACCACACUUCCUUUUCGAUUAUUCCCCACGACUCCGGAGGAACUUGCUAGAUUAUACCUCCCCAUUGAACUGCGCGUUUUGGUUCACCAAUGGACUGGACUCGGAGAUCGAUAUCAUUAUUUGAAUGUUGAGUUCCAUUGGCAAAAAUUCAAGGAAGAUUACACUGUCGCGGAAGGCCCAGCUAUUUUCCUUUCCAAUUCGUUGUGCUUGGAUCAACAGGGUAGAUUCAUGGGUCUUGGACAUAGAAUUGGUAGAUAUGAGGACUAUGCCUUUACCAAAGAACGCGAACACCCGAUCAUCAUCCGAGAAGAAGACGAGCCCAAAAUUCCUAUCUGGUUGAAUACUGAGAGAGACGAAGACGAAGGCCCCCCGAUAUAUCCUUUCAAGACAUGCCAGCUACCUUAUCCAUUUGAUAUGGGAACAGCCUGGGCUAGAGAAGCUAAAAGGAUUAUUGUUGAGAGCAUCGAGUUGGCCCCAAACAAAAGAUCUUGGAUCAAGCAUUGGGAGGUCUGCAAUGUGUGGAAGUGGAAUCGUUCAUACUUCUUGUAUCAAUGGGAUUCAUGCCACGCUGACAUAGCUUUGGAUGCUUUUUCAGAGUGGUCAAUUAUGGUUGGUCUUUGA